CUCCUAAAGCCAAUUGUGAUCCGACCCGCCCCGUUGAAAGUGUUCCAUAGUCUGGAUCCGGAUACCUUCGGCUUGUCAAGUACACUUGUGCCAGGCAGCCAGCGCCUUCCACUCAUUUUCUCGGCAUUCGAAACAAGUUAUUAAAUUGAAAUUAAGGCGGGCGAGAAACCCAGAAGGUCCGUUUUCAUCUCUAGCUGCUCAGAGGUGGCGAGAAAAAAUUUCUCACUUUUCCUAGUUGUGUGAGUCGCAAUGGAUUUGGACCCUGACGACGUCUUCAGAGACGAUGAAGACGAUCCCGACAAUGAUUUUUAUCAGGGGAGAGAGUCAACUAAAGAACUGGUGGUGUAUCUGGUCGACGCUUCUCCCAAAAUGUUUGCCACUUCUUGCCCCGGAGAAGAUAAGAAGGAUGAAACUCAUUUUCACAUGGCUGUCAGUUGUAUUGCAGAAUCAUUAAAGACCCAGAUCCUUAAUAGAUCAUAUGAUGAAGUUGCAAUUUGCUUCUUUAACACCAGGGAAAAGAAGAAUUUGCAAGAUCUAAAUGGUGUUUUUGUAUAUAACGUUGCCGAACGUGAGUUCCUAGACAGGCCCACCGCAAGGCUCAUAAAAGAAUUUGAUCACUUAGAGGAAAUGUUUUUGAAAGAUAUUGGGAGCAAGCAUGGUAUUAUUUCAGGCUCACGAGAGAAUUCUCUUUAUAAUGGUCUUUGGGUAGCACAAGCAUUGCUACGUAAAGGAUCUGCAAGAACAGCUGACAAACGGAUACUUCUAUUUACAAAUGAAGAUGAUCCUUUUGGGACUAUUACUGGUGCAGCAAAAGCGGAUUUGAAAAGAACCACUCUGCAGAGGGCUAAAGACGCGCAAGAUCUGGGCAUCUCAAUUGAACUUCUCCCCUUAGGCAGGCCUGACGAAGAGUUCAAUUUCUCUCUUUUCUAUGCUGAAUUGAUUGGGAUGCAAGGUGAUGAUCUUGUUGAAUAUAUGUCCCUGGCAAAAUCAAGGUUGGAAGAGAUGCACAACCUGCUAAGAAAGCGAAUGUUCAAGAAGCGGGUAGUACGACGAAUCACAUUUAUUAUUUCCAGUGGAUUAUCCAUUGAAGUAAAUACAUAUGCCUUGAUUCGUCCAACUUUUCCAGGAGCAAUAACCUGGCUUGAUUCUGUUACCAAUCGUCCUCUAAAGACUGAAAGAUCAUUUAUCUGUGCUGAUACUGGAGCAUUAAUGCAAGAACCUGCUAAACGUUUUCAGGCUUACAAAAAUGAGAAUAUCAAGUUUUCUACGGAGGAGCUGUCAGAGAUUAAGAGAGUCUCGACUGGACAUCUUCGCUUACUUGGAUUUAAACCAUUAAGCUGCUUAAAAGAUUAUCACAACUUAAAGCCAUCAACAUUUAUUUUCCCCAGUGACAAGGAGGUUAUUGGCAGCACUUGCAUUUUUAUCGCUCUCCAUAGAUCUAUGUUGCGGCUUAGGCGUUUUGCAGUUGCAUUUUAUGGAGGCUCGUCGAAUCCUCGAUUAGUUGCUCUUGUUGCACAACAUGAGGUUAUUAGUGAUGGGGGUCAAAUUGAGCCACCUGGAAUGCACAUGAUAUAUCUUCCAUACUCUGAUGACAUCAGACCCAUUGAAGAGCUUCAUUCAGAUACAAAUGUCGCAGCAGCUCAAGCAAAUGAGGAUCAGAUCAAUAAGGCUGCAGCUUUAAUAAAGCGUCUUGAAUUAAAAGAUUUCUCAGUACACCAAUUUUCUAACACGGCCUUGCAGAAACACUAUGCAGUACUGCAGGCUUUAGCCCUACAGGAGGAUGAGAUGCCAGAAGUUAUAGAUGAAACAUGGCCUGAUGAAGAAGGCAUGUCUAGGCCAGGAGCUGUCAAGGCAUUAGAAGAAUUUAAGCUCUCUGUUUACGAGGACAAGUAUGAUGAAGAAAUUGAAUCGGCAAAAGCCAGUGAGACCUCGAGGAAACGAAAAGCCAUUGUUGAAGAUGCAGUUUCGGAGUGUGCGAAAUAUGACUGGGCUGACCUUGCUGACAAUGGAAAGUUGAAGAAUUUGACGGUGGUGGAAUUGAAGUAUUACUUGACAGCACACAACCUUCCUGUUGUUGGGAAGAAGGAAGUUCUGAUAAGCAGGAUAUUAACUCACAUGGGGAAGUGACCAAGUUGAGGAAUUUUAUGACAAAUCUCCUUUUUUUCCCCCCUGUAAUGGUUACAUUGGUUAAUGCUCUGUGAUUGCAUCAUUUUGGAAAGCUUCUGCAUGGCCGACUUUGGUUGGGGCAGCCAUUUUGUUGCUAUGAUUAGCAAUUGUGUAUGUGUUUUUGGAUUAAUAGUUUUGUAUUCGACUUAGUGUUAGUUUGCCUAAUCCCUAAUUUCCCCCAAUUUCGUCCCAUCUUGGAAUCAAAGAGGGAUUUGUAUAGCA